CGACUUCCUGAAAAAGUAAUGAUCACUCAUCCAGGCAAUCUCCUCUGUCACCAAGAGGGAGCGCUGUUUCUGCACAGCUGCUUCCUACAAGAUGACAGUAAACCCAUGAGAACUCUGCACAAGAGGACUUAUAAGUGAUUUUAGGGAACCAGUGUGUCUGUGGAAGCUGGUGAAUGGAGUAACCUGCCAGACUAGUGCUGGAACUCCCCCUGAGAGCAAGCCCCAUGUCCUUAUUACUCAGCAGCAGCAACAGAGGAUUUUCCAACUCUGCUUACCAUGACAGCGAAACAUUGGAAAUUGACAAAAGAUCCCUGAGCAGAAGCCACACAAAUCCCUACGCUGGAGAAUGGAGUGGGAUCAGACCAGAUGUGUAUCCCCCCACUGAAUCAUCACGAGACACAGCGAGGGCACCGUGGGGAGGGCGCCAUGAGCAGAGCUGGGACAGAGGCACAGAUAUCCCCAUGGACCUUUUGUCAACUCACCCAGUGAACCCAGCAUGGCGUGCAGAACACAAUCACAGCUCAUUUCGGACUGAGGCUCACUAUGAAGAGUCACUGGCCAUCCACAUGGCUUCUCUGCCCUCAGGUAACAUGACGAUGAGAUGGAGAGGACUAACAAUGAGGAGGAUGUUUCAAAAUGCAGAUGCAAACCUUCAAUUUGAGGAGAACGCCAUCAUGACCCAAGUGGAGAAUGAAGAAACAAACUUGGUCCAGGAACUUGUUGCUAUGUCCACCCGAGACCGGAUCCAGGCCAUUCGAGAUCUGCCAAUGAGUUUUCAAGGAAAGCAACAUAUCAGGAGCCAAGUGCUUGCAUUGAUAUCUUCCAAAAAAUCUCGCCAGUUCACUUGUUUGGGAGACUGUUCAGAGCAAUUUUCCCGAUCUUUUCGCAAAUUUGGCUCAAAUGUGAGGUCUGCGAGGCAAAUGUUGGAGUUGUGGCAUGGCACCAUGAAGGAGAUUGGAGGAAAGUUCGGCACCAGUGUCUUGUCCUACUUCAUCUUUCUCAAAUGGCUCCUUAUGUUCAACAUUUUCUCCUUUUUGGUCAAUUUUGGGUUCAUCACCAUCCCCCAGCUAGUGUACAACCCCUCACCAAGCAUACCGAACAACAUAACAUUCAGGGGACUGGAGAUCCUCACUGGAGCUGGUUACUUUAACUACACAGUCAUGUACUAUGGCAGCUAUAGUAAUGAGACCCUCAUUGGUGCCACAGACUAUGAAAUGCAGCUGGGGUAUUUCUUCACCAUCUCCAUCUACAUGGUGCUCUGUGGCAUUGCACUUAUCUUCAGCAUGGCAAACUCUUUCAAGACAAAUUAUGUUCUGGCCGAUUCAACAUCGAGUGGUGCCUGGCAACUUUUGUGCAGCUGGGACUUCAGUAUCACCAAUGAGAGAGCAGUGAGGCAGCGGAAAAGCAAUCUACGCAUACAGCUCAAGGAAUCUUUGUCAGAGAAGGCCCAGAGUGAACAGCUGACAACCUCAGAAAAACUUAAAGAUUUUGGGAUUCACCUUGGAUCUUGGCUUCUGUCCUCAAGUAUGACUGUUGGCUGUGCGGCGAGCAUCUUCUUCCUCUGCAAAUAUGAGGAAAAGCACAUUAUGGAUACUAGCAGCUUGUCUCCACGUCAGGAGGCAGAGACGCUCCUGGUGCCAUUUGUGGUGUCUCUUAUGAACAUGGUGGUCCCACUGUUUUACUCACUGUUUAACAAGUUUGAGCAUUACUCCAAUCAGCGCAGGCAGAUCUAUGCUCUUGUGCUCAGAAAUGUUCUACUCAGAAUGUGCAUACUGGGUGUCUUGUGUCACUACUGGAUGAAUGGGGUGGCAAAGCAAUUUUCAUGUUGGGAGUCUGUGGUGGGACAGGCUUUGUACCGAUUAGUCAUUGUUGACUUUAUUUUCCUGAUGUUGGGAUCCUUCUUUGGAGAGUUUCUGAGCAAUAUGGUUGGGACCCGGUUGCUUCCCCGUUUGGGAGUUCCAGAGUUUGAUGUAGCCCGAAAUGUUCUUGAAAUAAUCUAUGCACAAACUCUGGCAUGGAUUGGCAUUUACUUCUCCCCUCUGCUGCCAGCCAUCCAGAUCCUCAAGUUUUUCAUCCUAUUCUAUAUAAAGAAGGUAAGCUUGAUGCAGAACUGUCAGCCUCCACGACGGACAGGCAGAGCAGCUCAAAUGAAAACCAUUUUUACCGCUUUGUUAUUCUUCCCUUUCUUUUUGGGGGCUUUGGCAAUUGUGGGGUACACAGCUUGGAGCCUGACCCCAUCUAAGCACUGUGGUCCAUUUCGGGGGCUCACCAGCACCUUCAGUGUGGUGGAAAACUGGACCAUAAAGCUGGAUGGCAUCCAAGGCUCCAAGUGGGUGAGCCUCAUCUACCAAAAGGUCAUCAGGAGUGAAAUCUUUUACUUCCUCGUCACAAUUAUCAUUCUAAUUAUUGUGUACAUUUUCUGGCAAGUGAGUCAAGGCCGCAAGCAACUCAUUGUUCUUCUACGACGCCAGAUUGUCAAUGAAGGUAAAGACAAAUCAUUUUUGCUAGAGAAGUUGCAGAACCUCCAGAAAUCUCACCCUAACAAAAGACCCAAAGAGAAGAAGAGCAAAACCAAGCCCCACCCAGAAGACUUCUCAUCAAAUGGUUCCUCUAACUCCAAUGCAAUGGUUCAAGUCUUGCUCGCCCGUCAGCGUGCAGAGGAGGAAGAGGAGAGGGAGCAGGCCAGAGGACUUCCAGUUCCCUUAGAGUCUUCCUCCAGUGCUCUAGCUCUAGCGAUGCAAGCCAGACAGAGAACUGAAAGUCAGACUAGAGAGGAGUACUAUAGCAGGGCAGGGUUUACUGAGAACCAUGUUAACUAUAGGCACACAGCAGAGGAACAGGAGGAGAACAGUCCAGCCUCGGUCAAUAGUGUCAUGAUGCAGGUGAUGCAGGCCAGACAGCGGGCUGAGGAGGAAGAGGAGGAGGAGCUGAAGAGGAUGCAGUGGGUCCCCGGAGCACCACAAAACCCUGCUCCGUCCAGCGCUCUGAUCCAGGCCAUGUUGGCAAGGCAACAGGCACAGAAUGAGUAUGAUGAUGGGUACUGAGCUAAAGAUGACAAAAGUAAAAUAUCUUAGAUUUGAUUUAAAAUAA